AACUAUUUUUUAUUUAACCCUCUUACCGAGUGUGCUAACAAAUGAUCAAAUGACAAAAUCAGGUACAAUUUAUUGACAUCUAUUUUUUUUUUAUAUAUCUCUGCCCUCUGCACUCGUUUUUGUAAACACCUUUUUUCAGAAAGCAGAUCAAUUAUUUUGGGCAGAUUAUUUCUCAGUGUUUUCUUUCGUUGAUGCUGAAGAGUGUCUGAAUUACUGCAUUGUAAAAGCCGAUAGAUGUGCUUCUGUGGUUUAUCAUAGACAGUACAAUACAUGUCAGCUGUAUGGACAUAAUGGAACUUUUGGCGGAGCUCAUAUAGUUUCAGCAUCAAAUCAUGAUCAUUACAACAGAACCAACUACAAAGGAUUCUGCGCCGAUCGUCACAGUUUGGUUCAAGUUAUUUCGUUAACUUUUUCCAAACCAAGCUUCUACUAUGAUCAAAACGGCAGUUAUAAAAAGUGUCUCUCAAUGAAUUUCAACCAGCAAACUGGAGACUGUUGGUUACUGGGCAAUAAGGUUAAAAAUAAGCUGUGUAAAGCAGGGCUUUAUAAGAACAAAAACAGCAUUUUUCUUAAUAAGUUUUUUAUUUCAAGUAAGAAAAUAAAAACUUGCUUGUUAGCUUUCAAAAUUACAACUAAUAUAGAAUUUUUUUUAGAAUUAAAAUUUUUUUGCGGUUGUUGGAAAAGCCAGAAACGCUUGUCCUUCAGAUCCCCUCUUCAAAGUUUAUCCUGGGGAAAAGCUUUUGAGCUCUACUGUUGA